AUGGCACCUUAUGAAGCAUUAUAUGGUCGAAGGUGUCGCACUCCGUCAUGUUGGACUGAGUUGGGUGAACGGCGUGUUCUAGGCCCUGAGCUAGUAUCUGAUACUGAGGAUAAGGUCUCGCCAUGCAAUAAGGUACUGAUAUUUCGGCGUAAAGGCAAGUCGAGCCCAAGGUAUAUUGGGCCUUACCGUAUUUUGAGACAAGUGGGACCGGUUGCCUACCAGUUGGAGUUACCUCCAGAAUUAGAGCGGAUUCAUGAUGUGCUCCAUGUCUCUAUGCUGAGACGCUACUGUACUAAUCCUACGCAUGUGGUACCGGUUGAGGAGAUUGACGUUAGACUAGAUCUGACUUUUGAGGAAGAACCAGUCCAAAUUUUAGAUCGAGAGGUAAAAGUCUUGAUAAGGAAGUCAAUCCCACUAGUAAAAGUUCUUUGGUGGAAUCACAGUUCUGAGGAGGCUAUGUGGGAACCCACAGAGCCAAUGUGGCAACAAUAUCUUCAUCUAUUCUAA